CCCGAACGCGGUUUCGCAUUCGCUCAUAAGAGUGCAAUUCUUUCACCGAGAAGACGCCAGCUUCAAGGUUCCACGUGACGUCGACCUUCCGUCAUGUAUCUCAGAUUAUACUUCGAUACUUGUUUAAAUAUUUAUCUCCAUACCGCGAGGUGCAGUCUUGGUUUAUGUAAAACGUUAAAAAACUAAGCCAAAUUGUGUGAAACGCAUAAAAAUUGAAAUCUGCGAGGGCGCCAGGGGCAUUUAGUGUUAAAAAUUGAGCUAAAUUGUGCAAAACUAAAUUGUAUAAAAAUUGAAAUCUGUGAGGGCGCCAUUCGACGUUAAAAAUUACGCUAAAUAGUAUAAAACUAGAUUGUAUGGAAAAUCUCUGCGAACGCGCCAGGGGCUUCCGACGUUAAAAAGAAAUUCAGCUAAAUUGUGUGAAACGUAUAAAAAUGAAGAUCUGCAAGGCCGCUGGGGAUAUCUAAGGUUAAGAAAUUAAUCUUAAUAGUGUAAAACGUAUAUUAAUUUAAAUCUGCGAGUGCGCCAGGGACAUCCGAUUCGGAGCGGCGUAUAUCGGCGUAUAUCGGCCGAGUGUGCGAGGUUCCCGACCUUAGCUCGAGAAAAACUCAAAGUAGAGGCAAGCCGCGAUAUCUACAGUCGUUCCCGAACCGGCCGAUGGGAAUCUUCAGUCCAGCCCGAAGUCGACGGCGUUUUGGUCUAAGGGGGAAAAUAGGCUCCCGCUCCUGAAGGAGAGGGAAAGCGGCCACCUGCUCGAGAGCGAGGAAGAGGAAAACGGAGGAGAGAGGGGAUACCGAGCCGUACAAUAAGAGACAACGUGGCUUUCGGCUGGUCGACACGAACUGCCUCUUCCGACAAACUAUUUCGGCCAUCAGUCAUCAUGAAGGACACCACGGUUGUUCGAGUGUCGAUCUGGGAGAUGGUCAAAAUGCACGCUCUAGCGUUCAUUUGCGGACUGUAUCUGAUAGUUCGGCGAUUUCUCAAGUGGGCCUGGGACCCUAAACAGUUCUUCGUCCUACAAGAGAGGGACAAACCUCCUCUUUGUCUCGUCGACAGCAGCCUCGGGAAGCAUUCUUACGUCAAACUCAAGGGGGUGAAAUUUCACUAUGUCGAAGCUGGGAGUAAAGACAGACCGCUGUUGUUACUCCUGCAUGGAUUUCCUGAUUGUUGGUUAUCAUGGAGAGAACAGAUUCCAGCUCUUGCCGAACAUUACAGGGUCGUGGCAGUAGACCUCAAAGGCUUUGGCGACAGCGACAAGCCAUCGAAUAGGUGGUCGUAUAAAAUAGAGAUUCUGGUCGAUGAGUUGAAGCAAUUUAUCUUGUCACUCAAUGUGAGAAGCUGCAGUAUUAUAGGCCACGAUUUAGGAGGUCUUUUGGGAUGGUACAUGGCUGCUUUACAUAAAGAUAUGGUUGACAAAUUCGUCGCCAUAUCUAGUCCGCAUCCAAAUUUUUAUUGGAACAACCUUUCGCGAGGUGCUGCUUUCGAUAGGAAAUGGAUGCACUUCAGCAGACUCCCAUUUCUGCCUGAAAUCGAUGCUCUGAAGGAAGACCUGUCCAUCAUCAACAACACCUACAAGCAUCUUCGUACCGAUCACUCGGACGACGAGAAGAAUUACAUCGAGGCGUACAAAUACACAUUCAGCAGAAAAGAGGACUGGACGGGACCCCUAAAUUAUUUCCGAAACCUCCCCUAUUCGAGGCUGAAUACGGACGACUCCAGCGAACAGAUCACCGCUCGAACAUUACUCCUUGUCGGCAACAUGGAUCCUUCGAUAUCUCUGGAGAAUAUGGUCCAGAGCUCGGAAUUCGUGGAGAAGUUCAGCGUGAAAGUAAUUUCCGGGGCCCAACAUUUCCCUCACCAGGAAAAGCCCGACGUGGUUAAUCAGGCCAUAAUUAAAUUCUUGAUAGGCACAUCCGUAUCCUUGGAGAAAUCAACCUCGAAGAGCCUCGUGUCCACGUGGUUGGACUCUUUGAGCAAUACUGUCAAAUAUGGCAAUCAUGUUAUCGAUGCCGUCCACAAAAAGGCAAACGGCGUCGUUACUGGUCUUCCCAGUAAGGUUCUUUACUUAGGUCAAGCUCAUGCGUAGAAACGUCUACGGAUAAACUUUAAUAGUCUGCGGACUAUGCAAGGAAAAAAUGAUCCAGUGAUACUUUGCAAUUAACUUUCUCUAGGUCUAACAUUUUCUAUACGGCGGACUGGAUUUAGCGUAGUGUUACGUCGUUAAUUUAGUGAUUUAUCGAUGAUAACUACGUUACCUGAGUAUUUGGCCAUUGCGAAGUGUGAAUAGAUACGACUGUGGAAUCGGUCUAUUCCAUGAAUUCCAGCGUUAAAUGUUACCGAACCGUUCAGAAUAUUACUAUACGUGGGCAUGACGGGUGGUAAAUUAUUCUUAGAGGCUAAGAGAUAAUUCGCGAGAUAUUUUAUCAUUUUACCACGAGCGUGAGUGCAAUAAUGAUGAUUGAGUGAAGUAGAUCUUACUUGCGUUUUAUUUAAAAAGUACAAUGAUGGUGAGUCGGGUCGCUAUUUAAGGUUGUUUUAAGAGUUCAUUUUACUCAGAAGUUAUGAAUUAGGAAUAUAGUUUGCGAAAGAUCUGCUAUUUAUCACGACAGAGGUUGAACGUUAUACUCUUGUUAAGUAUAUCUGGUGAUUAGUUAGAUAUACAAUAUUGGUACGACGGUUUAUGGAGACCGCCUUUUCAUAUUUAUUCUACGUGAUAUUGAUAUUCAUUUAGUUCUGGAUUACGAUCCUUUUUGUAAAUAAAUUUAUGAAAUCUGUUCGA